UUUCAGUUUUUCCUGCGACGGACGGUCGACAUGAUGCACUCGGGCAGUAGCGCUGGCAGUAGUGUACGAGUCGUGAAAAAUCGGUUCGAUCGAAUGUUCGGUGAACGGCACCAUGGUGGUGCCGAAAGCAUCCAGUAGAGUGCACCCGAUUCUGUGUGUGUGUGUGUGCUGUUGUCGAAGUGUUAGUACAUCCAGCUUUAGAAAUGAAAGUGCAUGAUAACAGCCACUAAUGACAGAACAUAAUCAGAUCCUCCUACUGUGCGAUCGUUUUCUCGCAACCGUUCCGAUAAAGUUCCCCAUCCAGAACCAGGUCGAUGUCGCAGUGUGAAAUCGUUGCCCGUGCAGGCAUUGAAUCGGAAUCUAACCAUACACAGCCCCCGUUCGUCGUCAUUAUCCCGCGAGCUGUGAGAAAAUGUGUAGCGUAUCUGUAGCGUCCGCCGUUUGAAAAUCGAUCGAACCGUUAGCCAUGGUCGACACCAUGCCAGCAUCGAUGGGUAUCGAACAGCACGCGUAUCGCUGACAUUUCGUCACCCGUCCCUAGUUGUGGUGCAAAAUUUCCUGCUCCUUCCAUUGCUGCUUCUUCGGCCACCGGCACAGGCAUCGGCAACAGCAUCGCGGGCAUCUGGUUGAAUGAUGAAUUUGUGUGGCUGGCUGAAGACAUUUAAACGCAAGGGAAAAAAUGCUGUCGGUGCGCACGGGCCAGAAGAAGAAGAGGCAGAUGGUGAAAUGGCACCCGAGGAAGGUGAAAUUGGUGAACGAUUAACGAGUGGGAAACGUGCUAAUAGCGGCCGUGCAGGUUGGGGUAGGAAAAUUAAAAGUGUCACUAAACUGGCGACCGGUGCGCGAAUCAAUGGCCAGCAGCGGGAAGGCACACCGGCAAAGGAAACGGAUCCGAGCGCGAAUGAACCGGCCGAGGAUGCCGUUGUCGAAUGUGGUGAUGAUGAAGGCAACCCACGGAACAAAACCGCACUGAAGCCGGGCCACUCGCUGAUGGACUGGAUCCGGCUGGGGAACUCGGGUGCCGAUCUGGCCGGUACCGGGGGUCGUGCCGUACCGGUCAGCCAUGCCGAGCUCGCCAAGCAUGACCGGCCCGACGACGCCUGGAUGGCCAUCCGGGGGAAGGUGUACAACGUGACGCGAUACAUGAACUUUCAUCCCGGAGGGUCCGAUGAGCUGAUGCGAGGCGCCGGCAAGGAUGCGACCCGACUGUUCGAGGAGGUACACGCCUGGGUGAAUUACGAAUCGCUGCUAGCGAAGUGCUACAUCGGUCCGCUUCGUAACACGGUCACCAUCAAUCUCAACGCCGACAGCACUAAUCCCAACAGUAAGCUCCCACCGCCACCGCCCUCCUUUGCGAAAGCUUCCAAGUCAAGCGUACCGCUGGCCGGCCUAGCGACCACCGUCUCCCCAACGUCCCCGAGCAAGGAUACGCUCGAUACUGCCCCACUGUCACCGCCACCCCUGUCGAUCGUCAGCUCAGCCAGUGACGAUUCGCUUAAGCUGUCCGUACCGAUAGUGCCACGCUUCGACUGGAUACAGAAGACUUCCGAGCUGACGCUUAUCUUCUACACCCGGUCUCUCGCGAACCCGGGCGUGAUGGUGGAGUGUGUCGAUCAUCUCGAGGUGACGGUUAACAUUCUGGUCGAAUCGAGCGUCCAGCACCGGUAUCGCUUUCAUCUGGCGAACAAUGUCCGGUGGCCCUGCACUGCCCGCACAUCGCUCGAGUCGGGCAAAAUCGAGCUAGUGUUCAACAAGCUGUGCCCGGCGCUCUGGACCAGCUACGGUCAGAUGACGUACGAGCGGCGCGAAAACUGUGAGCUGCAGCUGCACGAGUACGAUGUGGCGACCAGGAUCGAAAUCACGCACGAUUCGUGCGCUUUGUUGCUGCGGCCGAAAAACAACAGCCUGCUGCAGAUUACACCGGUCGGCUAUCACGUGUCGGUGUCGGCCUCCAUCGAUGGGGAGUAUGUGUCGCGAAGUUACACGCCGGUCCCGGCGAACUGCGUCGGUACGGAUUGUCCCGGGACGUUUAUACCGCUGCUGGUGAAGUCGUACGCGGAUGGCUGUUUGUCCAAGCAUCUGACGCGCCCGGUCCCGCUCGGUACUUCGCUGCAGGUGUCCCAACCGAGCGGUAACUUUGUGCUGAGCAAACUGCGACAUCACAAUCGAUUUGCGCUGCUGGCUGCCGGCAGUGGACUGACCCCGAUGUUGGCCUUACUGCACUAUCUGCUCGAGCGGAACAGCAAUCGGAUAGAACACAUCUGUCUGCUGUACUUCAACAAAACCGAAGCGGAUAUCUGGUGCCGAGAGAUGCUGGAAAAUUUAUGCAAAAAGGACAAAAGAUUCACCCUGCGGCAUUACUUGUCGGAGGUGGAACUCCCGGAACUCCAGCCACCGGCACCAGCAGCCGGCGACGAAAACCGUUCGUCCUUCGUCCAUGGUCGCGUGACGCCGGACAUCAUCCGUCAGCUGACGGCAAAGGAUUUGCCGCUGUACGCCACCUACUGCUGCCUGUGCGGCCCGAAGCCGUUCAACGAGCUGUGCCAGCAGUACUUCCAACAGUCGGACCACAAUCCGAAGCAUCUGCACUGCUUUCAGGGUUAAGCGCUCCCUCCGUACGGUGGUCGGUCGCAUACGUGUACGCCAUUGUGAUAGAACCAUUAGAACACGGAUGCAGAGUAGACGGUCCCCAUCAUGCAUGCUCUGAUGAUGUUGAUAUGUCACGGAAAGAUAUUCCGACACCGAAUCCGUAGCAAAAACGGGAGAGUUUCAGUACGCACCGAAAGUUUUUCUUUUUUGGCUAGCGCAGUGUUGUGCCGCACCCACCCGGGGAAAAGUGUUUUAGGAACGAGAAGCUUUAGCGAUGCACCCUGCACGAGUAGAUGAGGCUCUGUUAGAGAGGCAAACACAAAGUAAAAACAUGGGCACAAACAUGAUUCCCCACACACACACUGAUAGAAACCUUCUAGCUCCCUUUCAACACACAAACACACAGUUAGGGAGACGUAACGCUGGCGUGUAAUAAUCCCCCGUUUUUGGAGCACAUAAUUAGCGUCUGGAGAGCGAAAUGCUAGGGAACGGUUCGUUUUUUUUUUUUGUGCCCUACUUUUGUACUAGCAAAAGCGAAUUAAGGAAUUGAGGUUCGAUGUAAGUGAUAAGCGGAUGUCCUUUUUGUUUGGUAAAACACGAACACGAGAUUCUCCCUUAAGAGGUUCUAACAGGUUACAGGAAGCGUUAUUUAUUUAGCGUUAUCAAAAGCAAAGGAAGGGAACUUCUUUUGAUGCAAUUUUUACAAGUGUUGUUUGGUGUGAGAGAAGUGUCCUGUGUUUCGUAUCGCAUCCCUCACAUCCCCACAAACCCCACCCUCCCCAUCCCUUUUUCCCCCCAUUGAAAGUAACAAAAGGUACUGAUUGUUAUCCGUAAGCGUAUUGUUCCGAGUAGUAUGUUACUGAGGGUGAAAUUAGUAAAAAUUGGUACGAAUGUUAUACUUGGAGGCGAAAAGCAACAGCAAAGGGCGAACUUUUAUUACAGCCCUUCUUUAACCCGUCUUUUUUAAAGAAGGUGCGAGCAAUGAAAACAGGAAGCGGAAAAGAAUUAAGUGUAUUGUGUAGUAUAGCAGAGAAAGAGAAAUAAAAAAACCAAUCGAGAUGUCUAUUUUCAAAACAAGAA